GUGCCAGUGAUGUUCUAGUAGCUGUGGUCAAGUGACUAUAGUGAUCAUGAUGAUGGACCAAGCACACUUUGGAGAGUAUCUGCUGAGGCAGCAAAUGCUGCAUGCGGCGUCAUUGAGUGGUCUACACGCUCGUGUGGGUGCAGAUGCAUCCCCGCCGGCUUGCGAAGCACGGUUACUGAACGGCGAGCUGUGGCGACGAUUCCACGACAUCGGGACAGAGAUGAUCAUCACCAAGGGUGGCAGACGUAUGUUCCCGUCUCUCCGCAUGUCACUGGGAGGGCUGGACCCUCGGGAGGAGUACUGCGUGCUGCUCGAACUGGCUCUGGUAGGACGGCGGCGGUGGCGCUGGGCGGGUGGUGCUUGGGCGGCUGCGGGUGGCGCGGAGCCCCAGUCUCCGAGACGGCUGAUGCUGCACCCCGACUCGCCAGCCCCUGGUCAUCACUGGACGGCAAACCCCGUGUCGUUCAGCAAGCUCAAACUCACGAAUAAUACCAUGGAUGCGCAGGGACAUAUGGUCCUGACGUCCAUGCACAAGUACCGCCCCCGAGUGCUGGUAGUGCGAGCGCGUGAUGCUGCCGCGCUGGCGUGGGGCGCGCCGCACGCUGCCUUCUCCUUCCCAGAGACUGAGUUCAUCGCUGUCACUGCUUAUCAGAACGACAGAAUAACUAAACUGAAGAUCGACAACAACCCUUUCGCCAAGGGCUUCCGGGCGUGCGGCCAGUCCAAAUGCAAAAGGAAAACCUUGGAGCCCGACACCGAGGCCGAAGCCUCCGAGGCGAAGCGCGCCUGCUCCGACGAAGCGUCCUCCUGCUCCGAAGAAGGGAGCCUCCGUUCCUCCUCCCCCCGCUCACCCCCGCUAGUAGAAUCCCCCAACCCCCUCAUAACGACGGAAAACCCCCCCUUCUAUCCACCGGAAUUGUACAUUAAUCCCCUCCAGAUGCAUCCCCUGGGUAUGUGGGCCCCGGCGAUACCCUCUCUACCCUCUUGGGUUCCUCCCCUCCCCGUCCCAGCCCCCUCUCCUCCCCAGCCAGCUCCCUGCAGACGACUAAAGAGUUUCACCAUCAGUGCUCUUCUUGGGGAGGGCUGA